GAUCAUUGAACUACACAAAAUGAAUGAACUAGAAGUCUUUCUAUACACAUCUCUAUCCUUUAUCUUCAUCUUCUUAGCUUACAAGCUCUUAUUCCAAACCAAAAAACGACACUACAAAAACCUACCACCAUCGCCACCUUCUUACCCCAUAAUCGGCCACCUCCAUCUCCUCAAACCUCCAGUCCACCGAGCUUUGCUCAGGCUCUCCUCCAAAUACGGCGACGUUUACACUCUCUGGUUCGGAACGCGCCGCGUGAUUAUCGUAUCAUCCCCAUCAGCUGUAGAAGAAUGCUUCACCAAAAACGACAUCGUUUUGGCCAACCGCCCACUUCUCAUCAUGGGCAAGCACGUUGGCUACAACUACACCAACAUCGUCAACUCCCCUUACGGCGACCACUGGCGGAACCUCCGCCGAAUCGCCACCGUCGAGAUCUUGUCCUCCGCCCGUCUCAACCUCUUCCUUGGCAUCCGUAAAGACGAAAUCAAGCGGCUGCUCCGCAAAAUCUCGCGAAGCUGCGGCUCCCCUGGAGGAGAGUUCGGAAGAGUGGAGCUGAGGUCAAAGCUAACGGAGCUGACUUUCAACAUCAUAAUGAGAAUGAUGGCCGGAAAACGGUACUACGGCGAUGACGUCACGGAUGAGGAGGAGGCUCGGAAGUUUCUGGAGAAUAUGAGGGAGGUUUUUGACAACGCCGGAGCUGAAAAUCCGGCCGAUUUCUUGCCGUUAUUGAAUUGGAUUCCGUGGGGAUAUGAGAAGAGGGUGGAGAGGCUUGCGAAGAAGACAGACUCGUUCUUGCAGGGUUUGAUCGAAGAGCAUCGGAAUCACAAAGAUGAGAAUCGGAACACCAUGAUCGACCAUUUACUGUCUUUGCAGGAAUCUCAACCGGAAUAUUACACGGAUCAAAUUAUCAAAGGCUUCGUAGUGAUAUUACUACUUGCAGGAAUGGAUACAUCUGCUGUGACAUUGGAAUGGACAAUGUCCAAUCUACUAAAUCAUCCUCACGUUUUACAAAAACUUAGAACUGAGCUCGAUUCUCAAAUUGGUCAACAACAAUGGGUGGAUGAAUCGGAUCUCUCUAAACUAUCUUACCUUGAAAAUGUUAUUUCUGAAACUUUACGAUUGUACCCAGCAGCUCCGCUCCUUAUACCACACUAUUCCUCUAAUGACUGCACUAUUAGUGGAUUCGAUGUACCACGUGACACAAUGGUAAUUGUAAAUGCAUGGGCCAUACACAGAGACCCUAAGUUAUGGGAAGACGCAGAGAGUUUCAAACCUGAGAGGUUUGAGAGUAGUCAUGAGAGUGAAGGAUAUAAGUUAAUGCCAUUUGGACUUGGGAGACGAGCUUGUCCUGGUAUUGGCCUGGCUCAACGUGUAGUAGGUUUAACACUGGGGUCAUUGAUUCAGUGCUUUGAGUGGGAGAGGAUUAGUAAGGAGAAAGUUGACAUGGUUGAAGGUAAAGGACUCACUAUGCCUAAACUUGUGCCAUUAGAGGCUUUGUGUAAAGCUCGCCCCAUCAUGAAUGUCAUCCUCUCAGAAUCCAUGGAAGAAAUUUAACAUUUGUUGAUGGCUAAAUACUUUCAUUAUAUAGGGUUCUUUUCAUAGACUAAUACAAUAUAUAUUUAGUAUAAUAAUUAUAUAUAUAUUCUACAAGAGUAAUAAAAUGUAACUUAAUCUC